AUGGAUUUUUGGUCUCGUUUAAUUGGCGGCUCCCGUUCGCUGUCUACCAAGAACUACCGGGCGGCCUCUCCUACCGAGCGAUUGACAGCAUUUAAGCGGACAUGUAAUACCCUACAACAAAUAUGGCGCUCCACCAAUUCGCCGUCCGGAGAGCAGUCCGCAACUACCCAUGCGCGCAACUGCAUUGACCGACUGAAUUCCGUCCUCAGCGAUGAAUCUCGAGGCCCGGCUCCCCAUCCGUGCUUAGCCUAUGCCGCUUCUUCUCAGAUCUUCGUGACUGUCACCAAACUUGCGUUGUCCUCCUACGAUGAUGGAAUGCUCCGUUCCGCCGCGGUCUUUUUCAAUACCCUGAUCGACUCGGAGGUUGAUGGUGUGGUAGAUAACCGGCUAUUUGCACGUGCGCUGGUGGAUCUCGUACGCCGUGCGGACAAACACUCGGAAGAUGUGGAAGGAAGGCUUGUCGAGCUCUUGUUCGGGGUGGCCAACAAUAUCCGUCUGCAACCUGAUAUUCUCCCUGCGUGGUUCGCUCCUAGGUCUGAAGAUCAAGACCGAGAUCAACAAACAAACAGUGGAGCCGAGUUCGCAGGUGCGACGCGGAAGGAUGACUUUCCACUGUUUUACUUGUUAGUGGAGUAUGUCCACCAUGGCGGACGUGCGGGUGAUUUUGCUCGGACGGGUCUUCUUUAUCUGAUUGAGACAGCGUCUCGGUCAAAGCAUCUGGAAAGAUGGCUGAUUGAAAGCGACCUGGCUACCCUAAUGGCGACUGGAUUAGGUGCGCUGUAUAGCCAGUUGGGCAGUUUGUCCUUUGACGAAACCUCAGACGACAAGAUGCCGCAUAUUGUUGCCUUAUCUGAUCACGCGAGACAAGAAACCGCUCUUCCCCCAUCAUUGGGAGCAACGGUAGACUCUUUCAUGUCCUACCUCUUAUUUUGGCAGGAUACCAUUGACCACUGCAAGUCAGCCGAAGUCAAUGGCACACUGCUGGAUCACUUCCAGGUCUUGUUCCUCGAACAACUUCUAUAUCCAUCUUUGCUCGAGUCAUCUGACGUUGAAGGCGGUUCCACCGCUGCCGUGCUUACCUACUUGUAUCGCAUUCUUGAAUCUAUAGACCAGGAUGAUUUGGUACAUCGCAUUCUUCAUUUCUUACUAGCGUCACCUUCCGACACGGAAGUGCCAACAUCAUUGAAAGUGAACAUGUCAGUAAGCCGGCGAAAGUCCCUGGACGUUUUGGCCGCAUUCUCGGAGGAAGCCGCGAAACCGUCUCCGUCGCUUUUUAAUUUGAGAGACCUCGCUCUUUUGGGGCUUCAGUCUGCUAACCGCCAGACUGUUUUGGCAACACUACGCCUGAUGGCGGUGAUUCUUCAGCGACAUCAUACCUUUGCUCGGUCAUUGAUUCGGACUGUUCCUGGCCAAUAUGCCAAGCAACGAACUGUGGGCGCGCUGAACGCGGAGCUGGAGCAGCUUAUUGGCAUGGCCACAUCAAUUGUGGAUGACCCUACAUUGAAUGAUUCCUUUGAGGAUUAUCUCAAGGACGCUUCCUGUAUCUUAGAAUCUCACCUCUAUGUCCCACCGGCCGAAACUAACCUGGAGGAGGACCGUCCACUGGAGAUACGACAAGAAGACCCUAUCGUACAAGAACUACUAAACUGCCUAGACACAUUCUUUACUAAUAGCGUCAUUGUGAAUUUAGCUUUAACGGAGGUCCUCAUGAGCAUCGCGUCUUCACAUCUUAUCUCACUUGACGGCUGGCUCCUCGUGGACCCAUCUAAGUACGUCUACGACGAACAGCCCUCAGCCGAGGGCUCUAUUGAAAUCUUAGAGCAGAUUCAAAUGACCUAUCACGAGCCCUCAUUGUCUAGGUCUGACACGCCAACGCUCACUUCUGCAUUGCAAAAGCUUGUGCUGCAAAUCCAGCAAUGGCGGAAGGAUAUGCCCGAUUUUGACAUUCUAGUUGCGGCUCGGCGGGACCUGCUUCACCAGGAGGAUGCUACUAAAGACACUAACCGCCCCCAACAAUCAUCAGAAGCAUCGUUGCGUCCCCCUUCUGAUCGACAACCACGAAAGGUACCGUUGGACUCCGACAUUGAAUCACCACGAGGGAGAUCCUCACUUGUGCAGGACCCAUCGGGCACAUCGUCUUCCCGACUGGCCGCUGGGGGCUCGCCGUUUCGCGAACACUCAACCGGUUCUCCAGGUUCACGGGGCUCUUCCUCGCCCCGAAUAACCGCAGCGGAAGAGCUUCGGAAGCGAUUAGCGAAGCCGUUCCAAGUGGACCAUCCACAUAAGGCGCCAGGAGCUGGCGAAGAACUUGAACCGACGGCAGAUGGAGCGGGAGAGAAUGGGUCCGAGAGUGCGAUUGCUGAUGAGGAGCCACGGUCAGCAACCCUCGGCCAUGUGUUGACCAACGUGGUAAUCUUGUAUGAAUUCCUCCUGGAGGUUUCCGCCACGGUACAGGCGCGGAGCACUUUAUUUGGUGAAGCGGGAUAUCCUGGAGUAGGCUGGAAUGGCCCGCUGGAUGAACUCUUGGCAUGA